CUCCGUACUAUUACUGUCUUGACAACCAUUUUGCGUCGAUCUUCCCAGUAUGGCGGCAAGUACUGUUCAGGAGGGAACAGCUCCGUUCCAUUAUGCUAGUCUUCCCCAGCCUGCCCAAACGUGGUACCGAGUCUAUGGCGACAUCAGGGCAGGCACACCAUUAGUAGUCCUGCAUGGCGGGCCGGGCUUUUGCCACAACUACAUGCUGCCCCUGGCUGCACUGGCUUCCGAUCGUGCCGUGAUUCUAUACGAUCAGAUCGGAAAUGGAUUGUCCUCCCACUAUUUGGAGAAACGCGGCGAUCAGGAGUUCUGGACGGUCGACCUGUUCAUCGCGGAGCUGGAAAACCUGCUUCAGCACCUUGGUAUUGCAGGUCAUUUUGAUCUGCUGGGUCAUUCCUGGGGCGGGAUGAUGGGGAUGGAUUUCGCCGCUCGUCAGCCGGCCGGACUGCGCCGUCUGAUUCUAUCAAACUCUCCGGCCUCGGUCGCACUGUGGCUUGAAUCGGUCAACCGACUCCGCGCUACCCUACCCCAAGAGAUUCAAGACACGCUGCAGAAGUGCGAAGCAGAAGGGCGGCUCGAUUCGAAAGAAUAUGAAAAUGCAACGGUGGAGUUCUUAUCCCGAUUCUGUUGCCGGACACAGCCAUGGCCAGAGGAGCUUAUGCAAAGUCUCGUCUGGACUACGGAGAAGGAUUCUACCGUCGCUUCCAGCAUGCUCGGUCCCUCCGAAUUCUGGGUCGAAGGGUCUCUCAAAGAUUGGAGCGCACUAGACCGCAUUCAUCGGAUCAAGGUUCCCACACUGGUGAUCAAUGGUAAAUAUGAUGAAGCGCAGGACAGUGCCGUGGAACCGCUCUUCUGGGGUAUUGAUAAGGUGAAGUGGAUCACCUUGUCGGAGGGUUCGCACUGCCCGCAGUUCGACGACCGCGAGAAGUACCUGCAGGUUGUUGACGAAUUCUUGGGCCGCGCAUAGUGUUGGGGUUGUUUCCUCGAGAGUGUCGCUUAUCGGUUGUUUUGAGCUAUAAGGGGCCUGGAGAAAGUCCGUGCCGUUAGUUUCAGUUGAUUGCAGGAAACGAACCGACUAGUAUGAGAUGGUUGAUGUGCUAAUGUGAACCGAUUUAUGACCAUUGUUCAUUUUGGCAUUAGCCUGUAUGACCGGCUAUUUGUUGUGAAAUAAUGCUCGUAGACAGGCUUAAAAUGCUCUAAAAUUGAAGAACGAGUGUAUGAUUAGCAAGGUAAAAAGAAGUUGUUGGGGGAUAAUCCUUCGGCGGUGGUGAGAAAGGAUCUCUAGUCCGCUCUACAAUGUCGGCCUUGCUGCCUCGGCUGUACUUUCUGUAGGGGGAAGGACAGCACUGUUGAUCACGCCACAUUGUGGUGGUUGUAUAUUGACAAAAACAAAGAGGAGCCUCUGGC